UCUCUCAUUCUAUUAGUAAUUCACCAAGAGAGGGCAACAUUUAUUGUUUUCGGAGAGAGUUGUCUUUUAGCUGUUCCAUCAGAGAAUUUAUGUUUAAAAAAUGAGUUUCUUAGAGUGUUUACCUGGAACAGCAAGUUUGAUAGAGGAGUUAGAUAAAAAAUUACUAGUACUUUUAAGAGAUGGCAGAACACUAAUUGGAACCUUAAGAAGUAUUGACCAAUUUGCUAAUUUAGUCCUUCACAAGACAAUUGAGCGCAUCCAUGUAGGUAACAAAUAUGGUGACAUUCCAAGGGGUGUGUUCGUCAUUCGAGGGGAAAAUGUUGUUCUCCUUGGAGAAAUUGAUUCAGAAAAAGAUCCGAAAGUAGAGCUCAAGGAAGUGUCAAUUGAUGAGAUAUUAGAAGCACAAAGAGAAGAACAAGUUAAAAAGCAAGAAGAAGAAAAGAAAAGGAAUAAAGCAUUACUUGAAAGAGGACUUCAACCACAUGCAGAGAAAGUGGUGGAAGAAUUUCAGUAGAGGUUAUUUGUUCACACACGAGCCAGCGUGUAGCGAUACAAACACAAUACACAAAUGCAUGAACAGAAAAAAAAAUGGACUUAAAGUAAUGCACAGCUGCAAGAAUAUUAAAGCAUGGCUGCUUGUAAAAUAUGAUUUAUUUGAAGAAUGCAGAACAACUAAAGUAUAGGUGUGGCUUAUUUUGCUUGGGUAGAUCCGGUAGCAACUACAAUAUGUAUCUGAAAAAGAUUGUCAAGUGGAGAAGUCUGAAGGCCUUUGCUUAAUACAUUCUCUCAAGAAAAAUACUGAGACCCUAGUUUCAGUAGCAAAAACUAUGUAAUCAUCGCAUACAAAUUCAAGACACUUAUUGUGGAUUGAAGUAUUUUAGUUUUUUUAUAAAGAUGUUUUAUUUUCAAACCCAUUUUGGGAUUGGAAAAAAGAGGAGUGAGAAGGUCAAGAAAGUUUUAAAUUAUCAUUUUAUGUUAUCAACUAUAUUAAUUGGAAUGCACAUUUCAGGUGGGGACAACAGAAA